AAUAAAACCCAACUGAGAACGACCAAAUUUCCCUUAAAACGUUGUUGUUCUUUCAUCUUAUUGUGAUCUUUAAUUUCCCCCAAAAUCAAAAUCAAUUCCCCAAAAAUAUCUAAAAAGGAAAGAAAAAGAUCAUAAUCGGAAUUUUGUCACCUCUGCUACUUCAGCGGAGGAUGCACAAAAAGGUGGUUAUGAUCUGUGAAAAUAGUUGUCAUAUUUAUUGAUAAAGUUGUCUCAUAAAUUUUAUUAACAAGAUGGGGUGUGCAAGUCAACAGUCUGAAGUAGUUACGCUUGCCCGAGACACAAAUGAUUGUUCCUGUACGCCCCCCAGAAUGUCUUCAGCAUUUAUGGUUAAUUCAGAAAUCGGUGCGGUUUUAGCUGUAAUGAGAAGAAAUGUUCGAUGGGGAGUUCAAUACAUGGCAGAAGAAGAUCAGAUAGAACACCCUUUAAUCAAAUCUUUUAAAGAAAUAAGAAAAAAGGUCUUCUCAUGGCAGCGUGAGUGGCAUGUUGUCAGCCCCGUCAUGUAUCUGCAGCCCUUUUUAGAUGUUAUUCAAUCAGAUGAAACUAGUGCGCCAAUUACUGGUGUUGCCUUGUCAUCAAUUUACAAGUUUUUAACCCUUGAAGUUCUUGAUCUGGAUACCAUUAAUGUUGCCGAUGCAUUGCAUCUGAUAGUAGAUGCUGUGACGAGUUGUCGGUUUGAGGUGACAGAUCCUGCAUCUGAAGAGGUGGUGUUGAUGAAGAUACUUCAGGUUUUAUUGGCUUGUAUGAAGAAUAAAGCCUCGGUUAAGUUGAGUAAUCAGCAUGUAUGCAACAUAGUAAACACGUGUUUUCAGAUAGUUCAUCAAGCUAGCUCGAAAGGCGAGUUAUUGCAGAGAACAGCUCGACACACGAUGCACGAGUUGGUUAGAUGUAUUUUUAUGCAUCUGCCAAAUGUUGGCAUUACUCAACAUGAGCUUGCCAGGAGAGGCGGAUCAGUUGUUAGUGAAGAGGUUGGCUUGCCGGAUGAGGAUCACUCAUCAGCUAGUAAGCCACAGGACAAUGGAUACACAGGUUCAAAGAUUGAAUCUGUUGGCGGUUCUGUAGACCUUUCCACCGAGAUGCCUGAAGUCAAGAUGGAUCAUGAAACUAUUAGUGAGGUUGGUCAGAGCAAAAAUCAUCUUGUUACAGAUCCUUUCGGUGUUCCAUGCAUGGUUGAAAUAUUCAACUUUCUUUGCUCUCUAUUGAAUGCGGUUGAACACGUUGGAGUGGGUCCUAGAUCCAACUCUCUGGCAUACGAUGAAGACGUUCCCUUGUUUGCCCUAGGGCUGAUCAACUCAGCCAUUGAGUUAGGUGGGCCCUCUCUUAGGGACCAUCCUGAGAUAUUAGCUUUGAUACAAAAUGAUUUAUUUCAUAGCUUGAUGCAGUUUGGGCUGUCUCCGAGCCCAUUAAUUCUUUCAACCGUAUGUAGCAUCGUGUUGAAUCUCUAUCAUCUUAUGCGGGUUAAACUCAAGCUGCAACUAGAAGCCUUUUUCUCUUCAGUUCUCAUGAAGAUUGCACUUAACAAACAUGGAGCUUCAUAUCAACAGCAAGAAGUUGCCUUGGAAACUCUUGUUGAUCUUUGUAGACAGCCUACUUUUAUACAUGAGAUGUAUGCAAAUUAUGAUUGUGAUAUCUCAUGUAGCAAUCUUUUUGAAGAUCUUGCAAAUUUGUUAUCAAAAAGUGCAUUUCCGGUUAAUAGCCCACUUUCUGCUAUACACGUUCUUGCUCUUGAAGGAAUAAUCGCCAUGAUUAGUUGUAUGUCUGAAUAUGUCAGUAAUGAAGUUCCGGUCUUAGAACCUUUUGCCUCAAACAAUGAGGAUCAUGAAUCAUUUUGGAAUGUGAAGUGUGACAGCUAUGAAAAUUCUGAUUGUUGGGUACCUUAUAUUCAUAAAAUGAAGCAUGUUAAGAAGAAGCUGAUGAUUGGGGCGGAUCACUUUAACCGGGACCCUAAAAAAGGUCUACAAUUUCUUCAAGGAAUGAAUUUGUUGCCUGAAACACUCGACCCUAUAUGUGUAGCAGGUUUUUUGAGGUAUACUACAGGUUUAGAUAAGAAUCUUGUUGGGAACUAUCUCGGGAAUCAUGAUCAAUUCUGUGUUGAUGUGCUUCAAGAAUUUGCAAAAACAUUUGAUUUUCGAGAAAUGAAUCUUGACAUUGCGUUGCGGGUUUUCUUAGAGACAUUUAGAUUACCCGGAGAGUCUCAGAAGAUACAGAGAGUCGUGGAGGCAUUUGCUGAACGUUAUUAUGAACAGUCACCUCAUAUUUUGGCCAACAAAGAUGCUGCUUUGCUGUUGUCAUAUUCUUUAAUUAUGCUUAACACAGAUCAGCACAAUGCACAGGUUAAAAAGAAGAUGACCGAAGAAGAUUUUAUUCGAAACAAUCGGCUAAUAAAUGGUGGUACCGAUCUUCCUCGAGAAUAUCUAUCCGAGCUUUAUCAAUCGAUCUGUCAAAAUGAAAUCAAGAUGACCCCCGAACAAGGUGUCAUGACCCUUGAUAACUGGGUUGGGCUAAUUCACAAGUCCCGACAAACUGCUCCAUUUAUUGUUUGUGGGUUGGGAGAGCGUAUCAACAAUGAAAUGUUUGCUAUUUUGUCUGGCCCGACUGUUGCUGCUCUCUCUGUGGUGUUGGAUCUUGUAGAACAUGAAGACGUGUUGGAAACGUGUAUUAAUGGAUUCAUGGAUGUUGCCAAGAUUGCGGGUUGCUAUCAUCUUGAUGAUGUGCUUGACGGGUUGCUGGUUUCUCUCUCCAAGUUUACUACACUUUUGCUUCCAGGGUCUGAUGAAGAAUCGGUUCUUGCUUUUGGCAACGAUGUUAAAGCCCGCAAGGUAACUGUAGCGGUUUUCACCAUAGCAAAUAUGUAUGGUGAUUAUAUACGCUCGGGUUGGCGAAACAUUCUUGAUUGCAUUUUAAGCUUGCACAAGUUGGGUCUUCUUCCUGCUAGACUAGUAGCUGAUGAUUUGGAGUCCAAUUCCGAGCCAGAUUCGGGUAGAUCUCCUUUGGUCUCCCCAGCCAAACCUGCUUUAGCUCCAAUCCGAAAAUCGUCAGGCCUGAUGGGCCGGUUCAGUGAGUUUCUAUAUUCCGAUACGGAAAAACCUGCUCCACAACCAUCUGAAGAAGAGGUUGAAGCUCGUAAACGGGCAACAGAAACUGUGAAAGAUUGCCAUAUUGAUAGCGUACUUACCGAGAGUAAGUUUCUUCAGUCUGAGUCUCUUUCCAGUCUUUCCCGAGCUUUGAUUUUAGCUGCUUCUCGAUCCCGCAAGGGAAAUGAAGAUGAGGAUGGUGCAGUUUUUUGUCUGGAAUUGCUGAUUACGGUCACAUUAAAUAACAGGGAUAGAAUUAUGCUUCUAUGGCAAGGUGUUUAUGAGUACAUAGCUAAUAUUGUGCAAUCAGCCGUGAUGCCUAGUACUCUAGUUGAGAAGGCGGUUUUCGGGCUCAUAAGAAUUUGUAGACGGCUUCUUCCUUACAAAGAAGACCUAACUGACGACCUUCUUAAAUCUCUUCAACUGAUCUUAAAACUGGAUGCUCGGGUAGCCGAUGCUUAUUGUGAACAUAUUACGCAUGAAGUUAUGCGUCUUGUUAAGGCAAAUGUGGGACAGAUAAAAUCUCACAUGGGGUGGCGUACCAUCACUUCCCUCCUCUCGAUUACAGCCCGGCAUCCUGAAGCUUCUGAACCGGGAUUUGAGACUCUUGAAUUCAUCAUGCUUGAUGGAGCUCACUUGUUACCUGCAAACUUUGUGCUCUGUGUCAAUGCGGCCCGCCAAUUUGCUGAGUCUCGAGUUGGAGAUGUAGCAAGAUCAGUCAAGUCUUUGGACUUGAUGGCAGGUUCAGCGGACUGCCUUGUGAGGUGGUCACGCGAAGCUGUGGGGGAAGAACCAGAAGCAGCAAAUCAACUUUAUCAAGAUAUCGGGGAGAUGUGGGUCCGAUUGGUUCAAGGUCUAAGGAGAAUAUGUCUAGACUCGAGAGAAGAAAUCAGGAGCCAUGCGGUUUUGAUGCUACAACGGUGCUUGACGGGUUUGGAAGGUAUCCGUCUUCAAGAUGAGAUGUGGUUACAAUGUUUUGAUUUGGCAAUAUUCCCAUUAGUCAACGAUUUGCUAGAUAUUGCUGAAAAAAAAUCUGCAAAAGAGUACCGAAACAUGGAAGGUACUCUUGUUUUAUCUUUAAAGCUUCUAUCAAAAGCAUUUUUACAUUCUUUACCAAGUAUUUCUCGCUUGAUAUCGUUUAGUAACAUAUGGGUAGGCGUUUUAACUUGUAUGGAUCGUUAUACAAAGGUUAAGUUUAGAGGGAAACGGAGUGAGAAAAUAUACGAAUUAGUCCCCGAGCUUCUAAAGAACACUCUGCUUGUCAUGAAAUCUAAGGGAAUACUUUUGUCGACCGAUUCUGCUCCUGAUGGUAUUUGGCAGCAGACUUGGUUACACGUGAGAAACCUAGCACCUUUGUUGCAGUCGGAGGUAUACCCUGAUGAUGAAUCAGAGUUGGUAAAGCCACAGACUUUGGUUCCCGAGGCUAAUAUAUUGGUUCCUUGAGGUGUGUCAAACUUGUUGGGGGAUUUUGGUGAUUAAAGGUGUAAUGUGAAGGUGUUGCAGGAUUCCAAAAGAGUUAUAGUUGAGAAGGUUUUCAUAUAUGUAUACCUUAGUAGUUUGUAUAAUGGUUGGUGUCAGAUGAACCAUGAACAAGCAAGUGUUUUUUUUUUUUCUUUUCUUUUUCCUUUUUUUUUGUUUGACUUUUGAUAGCAGUUGCCCUUUAGGUCUUAUCAAAGGGAUUAUAUAGAGCCCCCCACCCCAAACACAUUGUAUUUUUAUGCCCAUUUUUUGGUAAGCAAGAGUUAUAUUUUAGUUCC